AUGAAGUUUGAGAAUCAUGUUCUUGUUGUAAUCUCCAUCGGUUUUCUGAUUUCGAGUAUCUCGGUUAAUUGUUUAGAUUUGUCGCAAUUCUGGUCAAUAGCAGAUGAAGUAAAAGAGGCAUUUGGCCCAGUUUUAAAUGAAGCGGAAGAGGCAAUUGGUCCAGUUUCUUCUGUUAAUUUAGAUAAAGCUGAAGAGGCAUUGGGUCCAGUUCCAUCCUUAGAUGAAGCCAGACAGGGACUUGGUCCAAUUUCAUCGUUGGACUUGGACAAAGCUAAGGAGGCGCUUUCCCCGGUUAUAGACGAAGCCAAAGAGAAACUUGGGCCUAUCUCACCUUCGACUGUAGAAAAAGCAAAAUAUGUUACAACCAAAGCGUUAGAUAAGGUUGAAAAAGGUUUUGAUUCCAUUGCGUCCUGGAUCUCACAAAACAAAGUUGAUGUAUCUUCUUAUUUGGAGAUAGCACAAAAGGAAUUUGGGCCAAUUUCUUCCUUAGAUAUUGAUAAAGCUAAAGAGGUAUUGGCUCCCAUUUCACCUUCUUUAGAUGAAGCGUUACCACCUAUUUCACCUUCAACUGUAGAUGAAGCAAAAGAUGCUUUAGGGCCAAUUAUUUCACCUUCUGUUGUAGAUGAAGCAAAAGAUGCAUUAGGUUCUGAAGCCAUCGACGAGGCUAAAAAAAAAUUAGGCUCAAUUGCAUCAUUGUUUUCACAAAAGCAAAACACAGAGGAAAUAUCUGAAGCCGAGAAAGAAUGGAGUCCAGUUGCUUCUACUUCUACUGAAUUAGAUAAAGAUGAAGCGAAAGAGGCUGUAGGUUCAUUUUCUCAUAAAGCGUUGGACGAGGCUAAAGGAAAAUUUGGCUCACUUUCGUCCUUGAUUUCCGAAAACAAAGAGGAAAUCUCUUCUGAUUCAUCAUCCUCUAUUUUUGCCGAAGCCGAGAAAGAUCUCAGUCCAAUUUUUUUCUCUGAUGAAGAUGUAUCGAGUCCAGUUUCACCCUUACACCCUAUUUCACCUUCAACUUACGACGAAGCAAAAUAUGAGGCCAUAGGUUCGAUUUCUUCCCAAGAGGCUAAAGAAAAAUCUGGCUCCCUCAUCUCCCAAAACAAAGAGGAAAUAUCUGAUGCUCCAUCCCCUGCUUCACCUUCAACUUUAGAUGAAGCAGAAGUGGCGAUAGGUUCAAUUUCUUCUGAAGCCUUAGAUGAGGCUAAAGAAGCAUUUGGCUCAAUUACGUCCUUCUUUUCCAAAAACAAAGUGCAAAUAUCUUCUCAGCUGGGUCCAAUUUACUCUCCUGUUUCACCUUCAACUUUAGAUGAAUCAAGAGACACAAUAGAUUCAUUUUCUAAUAAAGCGUUAGAUGAAGCUAAAGACAAAUUUGGCUCAAUUUCAUCAUUCUUUCCCCAAAACAAAGAGGAAAUAUCUUCUUUUUCUUCUUCUUCGAUAUAUAUUGAUCAUGACGUUGCUUUGGCCAUCGAAUCCCUCAUUAAGCAAGGCCUGUCAAAUUCAAAAUUAGCUAUUGAGGAGGCUAGGAAGCUAUUGAGUGUUACCGAAACUAUUGCUUCACCAGACAGAGCAACAUGCGUCAAAAGUUGUAUGGACAAUUACGCAUCCUGUUUCGAAAGCUUUAACAAGGCUAUGGAAGAACUUAGAGCUCGCAAUGCUGAGCAGAUGACAGAUGAUGUCACUUCAGUGGAGGGAGACAUAUCUGCUUGUCAAAAGUGCUUUUUAGAGAACAAUGAAGUAAAACAAUCUUCGUUGAAGGAUUUAGAGGAGGCCAUCCUCAAGUCUACUCGUGAGUGCUUAAACGUUCUUCAUCAUUCUGGUUGA